AUCUUCUGUGUUCUGAGCUGCAGACAUGAUCAGUCAGGACACGUGUCCACCUAGUGGCAGUGAUCCCUCAGACUUUUGCUGUUCGCGCCGGAUUGAGCACGUUUAUAAUAGGUGCUUGUGUUGCUGGCCAUUCAGACUCUGGAGGCGACACGGAGGCUUCCAGCGUCUGCAUCUGUGUCGUUUCGAUUCCUAACUUUUAAUUUGAAAACAUUUUUUAUCUGCAGCUUCUACGCGUAAACUUGGAUUUAUUUAUUUUUUAUUUUAUGAAAGAACUACCAUUUUUGUGGAAUAUUUUGUCAGUGAAAUCAUAUGUUUUUUAAUCCACGGCGCAGCCCCUCCGCGUCGCCUUUUACGCAUUUGGAGCCGCAUUUGAUCCAGUGCGUUUCUCAAACUGCACUUCCAGAAAGCAUGGUUGACCUCCGCAGCUGCGCGACUCCUUCAUUUUCCAGCAUGAAUUAGGACUUAUUAAAGACUUUUUCUUUUUUUGUUGUUCUCUGAGGACGAAAGGAGGACUCGAAGACGCACCAGCCAGGUGACCGAUCCUGCACGAGCGCGCAGCCCUGACGCACCCGCACACUGCGCCAUGGAGAACAUUACCAAUGAGAGUGAGAUCUGGCAGGGCAACGGAUCGUGGCGGAACUCUAGUGUCGCCAACGGCACCGGCGCUCCGAACCAGACGAACGCCCUGAAUCGGAACGAGGAGGUGGCGAUAGCGGAGGUGGCGGUGCUGGCGCUCGUGCUGGUUCUGGCGCUGGCGGGGAACCUGUGCGUCCUGCUGGCCAUCCACACCACCAAGCACAGUCAGUCCCGCAUGUAUUACUUCAUGAAGCACCUGAGCAUCGCAGAUCUAGUUGUGGCAAUAUUUCAAAUUCUCCCCCAACUUUUCUGGGACAUCACAUACCGCUUUUACGGACCUGACAUUUUGUGCCGGUUGGUGAAAUACCUGCAGGUGGUUGGAAUGUUCGCCUCCACUUACAUGUUAGUUCUCAUGUCCGUGGACAGAUGUUUGGCCAUCUGUCAGCCUCUGCACUCGCUCCACCGGAGAAAAGAUCGAAUUUAUGUCAUAUUGUCGUGGAUGCUGAGUCUGAUCUUCAGCAUCCCGCAGAUAUUCAUCUUCUCCCUCAAGGAGGUCGGCUCCAGCUCGGACGGCUCCAAGGUGUACGACUGUUGGGGGGACUUUGUGAUACCCUGGGGAGAAAAAGCCUACAUCACAUGGAUCAGCCUGACCAUCUACAUCAUCCCGGUGGCCACCCUGAGCAUCUGCUACGGGAUGAUCAGCUUCAAGAUUUGGCAGAAUUUCAAACUGAAGACCAAACGGGAGCAGUGCAUCAACCUGACGCCCAACGCGUCCCAGAACAACACCCUGGCCCGCGUCAGCAGCGUCAGGCUCAUCUCCAAGGCGAAGAUCACCACCGUGAAGAUGACGUUCGUGAUCGUCGUGGCGUACAUCGUCUGCUGGACGCCGUAUUUCUCCGUCCAGAUGUGGUCAGCCUGGGAUCAAGCGGCUCCCCGGGAGGCCACGCCCUUCAUCAUCUCCAUGCUGCUGGGGAGCCUCAACAGCUGCUGCAACCCCUGGAUCUACAUGUGCUUCGCCGGCCACCUCUUCCACGACCUUCGGCAGAACCUCCUGUGCUGCUCCUCGCGCUACCUCAAGUCACCCCAGUGCCGCUGCGAGCGAGAUUUCAAUUCCAGUCACAAAAGCAACUCCUCAAACUUUGCCAUUAAGAGCACAAGCAGCAGCAGAAGCAUUACUCAGACCUCCACCACAUGAGCGUCCAUCGUCCUCUGUGGAGCUGCCCGCUCAGCCGCUCACUUCAUGCUGCUGCACGUAACAUUUCCGAUCUCUUCAAUUACAACUCAAGACUUGUUAUAUUUUAAACGUCAGAUACUAAAAGACUAACUUCAGUCUUUUGAAGAUUUUUCUUUUUCUACACAACUUUCCUCAUUUCCGUGUGCAGGUUGUGUUUGUCUUUGCUGUACAGAAAAUGUAAAUGAGCAGAGAGGAUUUCAAGUGUGUCGGAGCGCAGUUAUACAUACUGAUCAGCUGAUGUCACCAGCAAACCGCGAGGCUCAUAUUUGUUUGAUUGAACUUGUGUUCUGAAGACUUUGUAUCCUGUUGUUCACUUUGCUACAAUAUUGCACACAUGUAAACAGUCACGGUCGUCACUGGUGAAGACUUGAGAGAUGGUUUGAAAAUAAAACUAUACGAACAUCCUGA